UUUUUACCAGUGGAAAUUGAUGGAAUGAUGGUGCGGGAAAGGCAGAGAGAUCCUGCCGGACUCAGUGGGGACUCCUUGGGAGGUGACGCCGGCAGCAGCAGCAGUGGGGUCCCAAGAGGCAUGCGACUGCCCCCCCGGCGCGAUGGCUAGCGGCGGCUCCGGCAAGUCCACCAGCGAGGCAUCCACCCCCAGUGGCAGUGCGUUGCAGAGGAAGAAGCUCGUCUCCGUCUGCGACUACUGCAAGAUCAAAAUGCAACUGGUGGCGGAUUUGCUCCUCCUGUCCAGCGAGAGCCGGCCAGUCAACACCGAGAGCCUGUCGGCCUCCGGGGAGUCUUUCGAGAAGUGCCGGGACACCAUCAUCGCCCGGACGAAAGGCCUCUCUAUCUUGACGCACGAUAUCCAGAGCCAGCUGAACAUGGGACGCUUCACUGAGGUGGGGGACAUCCUGGCAGAGAUGGCGGACCUGGUGGUUUCCUUGACCGAGUGCUCUGCCCACGCUGCUUACUUGGCAGCAGUGGAGACCCCGGGGGCUCAGCCCGCCUUGGCCGGCUUGGUGGAUCGCUACCGGGUCACCAGGUGUAAGCACGAGGUGGAGCACGGCUGCGGGGUCUUGAAAACCACCCCGCUGGCUGACAUGAGCCCUCAGCUGCUGCUGGAGGUAUCCCAGAACAUGUCCAAGAACUUGAAAUUCCUGACGGACGCCUGCGUCCUGGCCAGCGAGAGGUCCAAGGACAGGUUUGCCAGGGAGCAGUUCAAGCUGAGCGUCAAGUGUAUGAGCACCAGCGCCUCGGCCCUCUUGGCCUGCGUCCGGGAGGUGAAGACUUCACCCAGCGAGCUGACGCGGAACCGGUGCGUCUUGUUCAGCGGGCCCCUGGUGCAGUCCGUCUAUGCUCUGGUGGGCUUUGCCACUGAGCCCCAGUUCUUGGGCAAAGCUGCCGCCAUCAGUCCGGAAGGCAAAGCCGUGCAGACUGCCGUUUUGGGGGGCGCGAUGAGCGUCGUCUCGGCUUGCGUCCUCCUCACCCAAUGCCUCAGGGAUAUAGCCCAACACCCCGACAGUAGCUCUAAAAUGUCUGAGUACAGGGAAAGGUUGAAGAACUCUGCCUGCGCCGUCUCGGACGGUUGCAACCUGCUGUCUCAGGCGCUAAGAGAAAGAUCUUCCCCUAGGACUUUGCCGCCAGUGAACACAAAUUCUGUGAAUUAAUGUUGUUGUUUUUCCAAUUUGCAUACUACCGGUCACUGCUAAUGGAAAUGUACACAGGUCUUCUCUCCCAGCUCUGGUUUUGUAUAUACCAAAGAAUUUGUGUGA